AUGCAUAACGGCGAGCAGAGGAAGAUCCGCGCCCCUCGGCCAGCGCCUCUCAAGCUGUCUCGAUCGUCCACGGACGCGCCGCCGUCCAUGCGCUGCAGAGCCUCGGAUCGUUCCCGCUACGUAUCGACGUCGUCCACGCUUUCGGUAGGCCCCGUCGACGGCACCCCGCCCGAGCCCUCUCUCCUCUCUCCGCUCGACGCCGCCUUCCCGCCCACGCCUCUGACCCCGGGCAGCGCCGGCCACUGGCGGCGGAUCAUGAACGUCCUCGCGUUCACCAGCCGCGCGUCGCCCACGCCCGGUUCGACGACGCCCAACAGCGCCGUGUUCGGGCCGGUCACACCGCCCGUGCCGGCCUCCUCGAGCUUGAUCACGUUGCGGGACGCGAUGGGCGCCUCCGCGUCGUCCUACUUCGUGCGAGGCGCGUUGCCGUCCGCCGAUCCCGAGAAUAGGGUCGUUGAGGCGUUUGUGGAGGUUAUGCGCAUCGAGACGGACCGCAUUAUGGGCGAACGCACGGAAAGUCUUGCAUUGUCCUCUGACGGACUGGAAGCCGCGGUGGAGUCGUAUGCUCAGAAUUAA